AUGGAAGAGCUUUCCAUGGCAAACACCAUGUUUGCCCUCAAUAUCCUCAAGCAUAUAGAACAAACGAACUCUGCCCAGAAUAUCUUUUUCUCUCCGUGGAGCAUCUCAUCCACCUUGGCUAUGGUUUUCCUCGGUGCCAGAGGCAACACUGAACACCAGAUGGCCAAAGUGCUGCAAUUUAACAAAGUUAACGGCAAUGACAUCACUAUGGGAACCCCAGCAAACGUCAGAGGCUUUGAUUGCAUGCAGCAAAUACAGAAGGGAAAUUAUCCUGAUGCUAUUUUACAGGCACAAGCAAGAGAUAAAGUCCAUUCACCCUUCAACUUGCUCAGCUCGGCAAUCAAUGCUUGCUCAGGAGAUUACUUACUGGAAAGCGCCAAUAAGCUGUUUGGAGAGAAAUCUGCUAGUUUCAAGGAAGAAUACAUACAACUCUGUAAGAAAUACUACUCUACAGAACCAGAGGCAGUAGACUUCCUUAAAUAUGCAGAAGAAGCUAGAAAAAAGAUAAAUUCCUGGGUCAAGACCCAAACCAAAGGUGAAAUCUCAAACCUGUUACCAGAAGGUUCUGUAGAUGAAGACACCAAGAUGGUACUGGUGAAUGCCAUCUACUUCAAAGGAAAGUGGAAAACUCCAUUUGAGAAGAAACUUAAUAAGCUUUAUCCUUUCCGUGUGAACUUGCGUGAGAGCAUACCUGUUCAGAUGAUGCACCUACGUGAAAAGCUGAACAUUGGGUACAUAAUGGACCUAAAGACUCAGAUUCUAGAGCUUCCGUAUAUUGGAAACAUCAGUAUGUUCCUGUUGCUUCCUGAUGAGAUUGAGGAUGCGUCCACUGGCUUGGAGUUGCUGGAAAGUGAAAUAAACUUUGAUAAAUUCAACCAAUGGAUGAGCAAAGACACAAUGGCUGAAGACAAUGUUGAGGUCCAUCUCCCGCAGUUCAAGCUAGAGCAACAUUAUGAACUCAAGCCUAUUCUGAGAAGCAUGGGCAUGGAGGAUGCCUUCAAUAAGAGCAAGGCCAACUUCUCAGGAAUGUCCCAGAGGAAUGACCUUUUUCUUUCUGAGGUGUUCCAUCAAGCCACAGUGGAAGUCAAUGAGGAGGGUACUGUAGCAGCUGGUGGCACCGGGGCAGUUAUGACAGGGAGAACUGGUCACGGAGGCCCACAGUUUGUGGCAGAUCAUCCCUUUCUUUUCUUUAUCAUUAACAAAACUACCAAUACAAUACUAUUUUGUGGCAGAUUCUCCUCACCCUAA